GUGAUGCCAAGUUUCUCAGCAGACACUGAAAGCUGAAGUUGGGAAUUCAAGAAGACUCAAGCAGCAAUGGAUCUGUGAAAGCCACCAUGAUCUACAGCAGAUUACAGAGCUGUAUGUUAGCAGCUGUCUACCUUGCUUAUCUCCUGGUGGGUGCUCUCAUCUUCCAGGUUCUGGAAAAAGAUGCUGAGAGACUACAACAAGGCAUCAUCUUUAAAAUGAAGGAGGACUUUCUGAAGAACUUCACUUCCCUCAGUGCUGCAGAGGUCAAUAUCUUUGUGGAGAAUCUGAUGGAAGCCGUUAGGAAGGGCAAAUAUCCAGCAGAAAAUGAAUUAUCUGAUGAACACAACAAUUGGGAUUUCAGCAAUUCUUUCUUCUUUGUCGGUUCUAUGUUAUCCACAAUAGGCUACGGAAACCUCUCUCCCAAAACGGCUGGUGGUCAGCUUUUCUGUGUUUUUUUUGCUCUUUUUGGAAUUCCUCUGAAUAUUGUCUUUUUGCAGCAUGUUGGCAAGAUGCUCUCCAUGGUCUGUGAACGGUUAGCUAAAUGGCUGUUUAGGAAAGGUGUAAAGAAGAAAACAGCAAGGGGCUUGACGCUUCUGUUCUUCCUGGUUAUGGGAAUACUAGUGUUUCUUUGUGUGCCGUCAGUCAUCAUUCGAAAAAUAGAGGGCUGGUCCUAUAGUGAAGCCAUUUAUUUUACAUUUAUUACCCUGAGCACCAUUGGGUUUGGUGAUUAUAUGAUAGGGAGGCAACAUGACAAAUUCUACUUCCAUGGCUAUCGGAUUGUGGUAGCGAUUUGGAUUAUCUUUGGACUUGCUUGGAUAGCACUACUGUUUAAUUUAUUGACAACAUUACUGGAAGACCCAGAUGAGAAACCCAUUGAGGAUUACCUUCAGGUCAAGACAGUCAGAAAGAAAAAGAAGAACUCAAAAAAAGUUCCAUCUGCUUCACUAGAAGAUGGUUCAGCGUUACGUUCCAGUAGAGAUGGUCAAAGCAAUCAGAUAUAAUUGUACAAUGCUGCUUGACUUUUUUCAUUGAUAUUUGAUAUCAUUACAGUAUUUUGCUGGUUGCUUGGAAAAGUAACUGGCUGAUUUUAAGUUAUGAUAUUUUAAAAUAUGAAAUAAAUGGCAUGCCUACAAAAAAAAGAUCCUACUUUCCACAGUACACAUUUAGCCUUCAUAAUAUAUUCCUCACAAUAUAUUUUCCCCCAAUUUCUGCAACCUCAGUUUUCAGAACUGCCGUAUUUGGUCUUCAAAAAUCCAAAUAACUGUCUAGCAAUCAUCCAGAUUAUUACAGGUCAAGGCUGUACUCUAUGUGGCUGCCCAGUUUAAAAUAGGAAAAAAUUGUUUUUCAAAAUUUCAUGGAUGAAUUAUCAGUCUCUAAAAUGAGAAAUACAGUACUCUAAUUUUAUGCUUCAGAUUCAAAGAGGUCAAGGUUUCCUUUAGGAGUAUCAAAUUCAGCUUGAAUUUCUUGCUUUCCAAUAGCUUUCAUCAUCUAAGAUCAUAUAACCAUAGACUAUAAGAGUUGGAAAGAAAUUUGGAAAUAAUCUAAUCCAUGCCCUUGUGCAGGGCAGAAAUCCAGUAUUACCACAUACCCACAGUCACCAACCAGGGCAGAGAGUCUAUUCCUCACCCACCUCCCCCCCCCACACACACAUAAUGCAGUUCAGGGGUUUUCGAACUUAAAUAAGCCAUGGGAUCUGUUUGAAAAAAGCACACAUCAGAUUCUCUGAUUAAGUGAGUUGGAGUCCAGAUGUCUAAAAGGAAAAAAAACAAGCUCUCUACAAAAAAGUAAGCCUAACUCACUUAUCAAUUAUAUAUAAUAAUUUGAUGUACUAUUUGUUCAAAAGUUGAAAAUACCUCUGUUUUAGACACUGGAAAUGUGGAGGAGAGAUGGUUCCCUUUAAACUUCUCAUGCUGAUAGAAAAUGUUGAGAAUAGGUUAUUACAGCUUUCAGUUGAAUAUUAUUACAAUACCCUAUGGAAAGAAGACACUGAUUGUUAUGGUUCUCAAAAGCCAGGAGUUAUAUAAACUCUUUUAAUAAAAGAUGAUUAUAGCUUAUGUCUAAACUUUUUCUCUAAACUUGGAAAAGUUGAAAAUAGCUGAGCUGAUAUAUUUCUCCCUGUAGUUAGGAUUUCUGAAUGCCCAAACAAGUUGUAUGUUGAACUGAAAUAAAUUU